AUGAAGACUCCUAAACCUUCUAAAGUUUUGGUCAUUGGAUCCGCCGAGGGCCGUGCCAUUGAAGCCCUUGAGUAUAUUGCAGACCUCCACAAAACCCACAAUUUCAAAUUUGCUAUCUGUCUUGGAAACCUUUUUACUCGAAAGACAGCCAGUUCUGUCGUUACUAAAUUGAAGAGUGAAAAGUUUUUGGUUCCUUUGCCAGUUUACUUCGGCGUCGGUUCGGCUGGUAUGCCGGAAACAGUGACCUCCCACAUGGCAAUGUACGGUCCUGAAAUCUGCCCCAACUUGUUUUGCAUGGGUAUUUGCGGCUUCAUGAAGACGUAUUCCCGCUUCACCAUCGCUCAAUUGGGUGGUACUUACGACGAAGUCAAGUUCAAUGAACCUAUGAAUAAGCGUGAAAAGAGUUUGACUGAACGUUCUUUCCAUCUCACUGAUGUUCAAACUCUUUCCAAGCGAUGUGACAUCCUUUUUUCCAAUAGCUGGCCUGAAAAUGUUCAAAACAAAUCUUCUUUACCUCGUAGAAACCUCCCUUCAGGUAAUGCUCCUGUUGCUGCCUUGGCCGCAAACUGUAUGCCCCAAUACUUCUUUGUACCAAGUCCUGUUUAUUACGAACGCGAACCUUAUAGAAACUCUGCAGUCAAUGUUCCCUCUGGUACUGUGUCUCGCUUUUUUGGCAUUGCACCCUUUAAAAACCCAAUUGGUGAAAAAUUCGCUUAUGCAUUUACUUUGAAUCCAUUAACUGGUGAGUUUAUAGGAGAUAUUCCUCCAAACUGCACUGAUUCUCCCUUUGUCUUAAGACCCAUUCCUCUCAAACGUGCCUCCAGUGAACAAGUCAUCCCUCCUCCUGAUAGCCCUGUUUCAACUGAAUCAGGUUUCACUAGAUUUAAGAAGUCUAAAGUUGGACCCGAUGCUUGCUUCUUUUGUCUUAGUAAUUCCUCUAUUUCACUUCAUUUAAUCGUUGCUAUUGGCAAUGAAGCUUAUAUGGCUUUACCAAAAGGACCUCUUACCACCAAAGAUACAAAUGUACCUGAACUUCCGUUCCCUGCUCAUGUAUUGAUUAUUCCAAUCGCACACACUUCUGCUUUAAGUUUAUUAUCCGAUUCUUCCUACCAAAAUACCGUCGAUGAAUUACAUCGUUUUCGCAAAGCUGUCACUCAAAUGUAUAACGCGCACAACUCUGAUGCUAUAGUCUACGAGAUUAGUAGAGCAAACGGUGUUCACGUACAUUGGCAGGUCAUUCCUAUUCCAAAGGAUCUUUCACCAAAAGCAUUAGAGUACUUCAAUAACCAAGCUAAAGAAUCCGGGUUCACUUUUGAAGAACGCGAUCUUCGAUCCCAUGAAUUAAACUAUUUUCGAGUUUUCCUUCCCUCUGGUGAAGUCCUCGUUCAUACGCUUUCCCUUCGAGAAAGAUUUGAUUUACAAUUUGGCAGGCGAGCCGCUGCAAAACUUAUGGGUAUUGAGGAAAGGAUAGAUUGGCGACAAUGUAAUCAAACGGAAGAAGAGGAAAAGAAAGAUGCAGAAGACUUCAAAUCUUAUUUUAAGCCUUACGAUUUUACCUAA